AUGGAAAGAUUUUUGGUGAGCGCAUCCACUGGAGCCAUGGGCUCUGUCCUAAGAAAGUUGGGCACUAUGUUGAGUGAUGAAUACAAGCUGCUCAAGGGUGUUCGUAAGGACAUCAAGUUCCUCAAGGACGAGCUUGAGGCCAUGCAAGCAUUCCUCAUCAUGAUGGCAGAAGAGGAGGAACCGGAUGAGCAAGCUAAGAUCCGUGCGAAUGCCGUGAGAGAGAUGUCUUACGAGAUCGAGGACAACAUCGACAAGUUCAUGGUACUUGUGGAAGGUGAGCCUAGUUCCAAAUCAGAUGGCUUGAUGAAGCUUUUCAACAAAAGCAUGAACAAGAUAGCAGAUGUCAAGAUCCGUCAUAAAAUCGCCAAGGACAUCCAAGACAUCAAGAGCCAAGUGAAGGAGAUCUGCAGUAGAUAUAGGAGGUACAAAAUCGAUGAGUCCUCAAAAGCUAGAAAUGCAAAUGUUGACCCACGAAUUGUGGCAAUAUAUAGAGAUGCAUCUGGGCUUGUCGGCAUUGAUGGUCCAAGAGAUGAGCUCGUGGAGUGGCUGAGUGACCAGGAGGGUGAAUUGCCACAUCGACAAAGAGUUGUCUCAGUUGUCGGAUAUGGUGGGUUAGGCAAGACAACCCUUGCCAAACAGGUCUAUGACAAGCUUGGAGCAAACUAUGACUGUCAAGCUUUUGUGUCAGUCUCACGAAAUCCUGAUAUGACAAAAAUUUUGAGUUCAAUAUUAUCUGAAAUCAGCAAUGGAAAAGAGGAUGCAAGGGAAAGGCAUCAGCAAAUCAUCGACCAGAUCAGGAAAUUCCUUCAAGAUAAAAGGUACUUUAUCAUAAUUGAUGAUGUAUGGGAUGUAAAAGCAUGGAGAACUUUGGAAUGUGCAUUGGUGAGGAACAAUUGUGGUAGUGUAGUAAUGACCACAACACGUAUAAAUGAAGUCGCUAAGUCAUGCUGCUCUUCUGAAGGGGAUUUUUUGUACAAAAUCCAACCACUUGAUGUUUCUGACUCGAAGAAGUUGUUUUUUGACCGCAUAUUUGGUUGUGAAGAAAAGUGCCCAGAUGACUUGAAAGAAGCCUCAGAAGAUAUCUUAAAAAAAUGUGGUGGUUUACCACUCGCCAUCAUUGCAAUAUCCAGCUUGUUGGCUACUGGGAAAACGAAACAGGAGUGGAAUAAGGUUCACAGUUCUAUUGUCUUUGCACAAGGAAAAAAUGAUGAUAUUGAUGCAAUGAAUUACAUACUGUCCCUGAGCUACUUUGACCUUCCCCUCCAUCUCAGAAGUUGCCUAUUGUACUUGAGUAUGUUUCCAGAGGAUCACUAUAUUGAAAGGCGAAGGUUAGUCCACAGAUGGAUUUCGGAAGGUUUCAUACACGGUGAAUAUGGGGAUGAUCUUGUUGAUAUAGGAGAGGCAUAUUUCCAUGAGCUUGUCAACAGAAGUUUAGUACAACCGAUGGAGAUAGAGUAUGAUGGCAAGGCAUGUUUCUGCGUAGUGCAUGACACUGUUCUUGAUUUCCUCAUUCACAAGUGUACCGGAGAGAACUUUUGUACCUUGUCAACCAAUCCUUCAAAGCCAGAGAGCAGAGUUCGUCGGCUCGCUCUGGUGGGAAAUGAUGAUGAAGGGAAGGUCGAGCAAUUGAAUUUAUCACAUGCUCGGUCACUCGUUGCAUUUGGGAGCUCCCGUGAAUAUUUUCCGUCUCUUGCCAAGACAAAUGCUCUGCGUGUCCUGGACCUACAGGAUUGCAGUUUACUAGCAAAUAAUCAUAUCAAAGAUGUUGGAAGACUUCUUCAGUUGAGGUACUUGAACGUUUGUUCGACAUAUAUUAGUGAGCUUCCUAAAGAAAUUGGAGACUUGGUGUAUCUACAGACACUAGAUGUGUCAGACACAUUAGUAUAUGAGAUACCUGAGUCGGCUACUCAGCUAAGACGACUGGAACGCCUGUUUGUUCAGACUGCAACAAAAUUUCCUGAUGGUAUCGGAAACAUGGAGAGUUUGCAAGACCUUGGGCGCAUAGGCAUCUCUAUGCAAUCACUGAAGUUUCUGGAAGAGCUUGGGAAUUUAUCAGAUCUGAGGAAGCUGUCCAUUCUUUGGGACUCAGGUAAAAUUGAGAAAGCAAGUUGCAAGAGAGAAAAGCUAGUGUCCUCCCUCUGCAAAUUGGAGAAAUUCAAGCUUCACAGCCUCUCUGUUAUGUUUUGUCUGAGAGAAGACGAUGCAGUCUCCACAAGUCAUCCGUUCUUCUUCCCUGCUCUCAACAGCAUCCGCGGUAUUUAUAUUAGAGCUGGGGAAAUCUGUUGGAUUAGUAGAUGGUUGGUGUCACUUAAAAACCUAGAAACUUUAACUGUGUGGAAAGGGAAGACGGACCAGCAUGACGUUGAGAUGGUUGGAAGCAUACCUAAUCUGCUUGAGUUCAAUCUGCCGGCUACACGCGUGGGACCCAUCACCAUCAACAGUGGACUAUUCAGAAAGCUACAACUAUUUGUUUUUAAUAUGAUGGGGUUGAGGAUGAUUGAAGCAGGGGCUAUGCCGGAUCUCAGGUGGCUUGACCUCGGCAUCGACCUACAGAAGUUCAAAUUUACCAGUGGUGAUUUUGAUUUUGGCAUCCAUCACCUCUCCAGCCUUUGUUGGUUUCGGGUCUCCAUGAAUUGCGAAGGCGGGACGGCUGCAGAUGCGAAGGUUGUGGAGGGUGCAUUCAAGACUAUGGCCCGCGAGCACCCCAACCGCCCUACAUUAGAGAUAAGGCGGUUUGAUGAAGAUCAAAUGAUACAAGCUGAUGAGCCAUGA